GCAUCUUAAUCGAUAGUAUCUGAAAUAUCGCCUCAUAUCUUAGCAACGUUAUGGUAUUCGAUUGGUUAGCGAGCCGUUGAAAUUUAAGUUUAUAAUAAAAAAUUGGCAAAAUGAAGAUUGAAGAAGUAAAAAGUACUGUAAAAACUCAACGAGUUGCUGCACACAGUCAUGUAAAAGGACUUGGAUUGGACGAAAACGGAAUACCAAUACAAAUGGCGGCUGGAUUGGUCGGACAGAAAAAUGCUCGGGAGGCAGCAGGUGUUGUGGUAGAUUUGAUUAAGACGAAAAAAAUGUCUGGAAGAGCCCUUCUACUUGCGGGUCCUCCAGGAACAGGCAAAACAGCAAUUGCUCUAGCUAUUGCGCAGGAGUUAGGCAAUAAAGUUCCUUUUUGUCCCAUGGUUGGAUCCGAGGUUUUCAGUAGUGAGAUCAAGAAGACAGAAGUUUUGAUGGAAAACUUUCGCCGCUCUAUUGGAUUAAGAAUUCGGGAAACUAAAGAAGUAUAUGAAGGAGAAGUCACCGAGUUAACCCCUGUUGAAACAGAAAAUCCAAUGGGAGGUUAUGGCAAAACAAUUAGCAACGUAGUUAUUGGAUUAAAAACUGCAAAAGGCACGAAACAAUUGAAGUUAGAUCCAAGCAUUUAUGAAUCAUUACAAAAAGAAAAGGUUGACGUUGGAGAUGUGAUUUAUAUUGAGGCUAAUAGCGGUGCAGUAAAAAGGCAGGGACGAAGCGACACGUUUGCUACUGAGUUUGAUUUAGAAACAGAGGAAUAUGUUCCUCUUCCUAAAGGAGAGGUUCAUAAGAAGAAAGAAGUUAUCCAGGACGUUACUCUUCACGAUUUAGAUGCCGCAAAUGCUCGUCCGCAAGGAGGUCAAGAUGUGUUAUCUAUGGUUGGACAGAUAAUGAAACCGAAAAAAACUGAAAUUACUGAUAAAUUACGCAUGGAAAUCAACAAAGUUGUCAAUAAGUACAUUGAUCAGGGCAUUGCAGAACUUGUGCCUGGAGUAUUGUUCAUCGAUGAAGUUCAUAUGCUCGAUUUGGAAUGUUUCACAUAUUUACAUAAAUCUUUGGAAUCUGCUAUUGCACCAAUAGUAAUUUUUGCUACAAAUCGAGGUCGUUGUGUGAUCCGCGGUACUGAUGAUAUUGUAUCUCCCCAUGGUGUUCCGUUGGAUUUGUUAGAUAGGUUGCUCAUUGUGCGUACCGCACCGUACAACCUUUCGGAAAUUGAACAAAUCCUCAGAUUACGUGCUCAAACAGAAGGCCUCAGCGUCGAAGACUCGGGAAUACAGGCACUUAGUGAGAUUGGCGCCAACACUACUUUACGUUAUGCGGUACAACUUAUGACACCAGCUCAUCAGUCCUGCAAAGUAAACGGACGAUCACAGAUAAGCAAGGAUGACAUUAUGGACGUGAAUUCACUGUUUCUGGACGCCAAGCGCUCAGCGAAAUUUUUACAAGAGGACAAUACCAAGUAUAUGAUAUAAUUUUUCAAUAUACAUAAACAGUUGAGAACAAAAAUAUGAUUUCUUUUUUUUUGGUUUACUUACACUAUAAAAAGUAGGAGGGUGGUAUUUUUCUAAAUUUUUUAUCUAACUGCAUUUUUAUUUGCUGAAACAUUAGAGCACUUUGAAUAAUAUCUAAUAAUUAAUAUAAAUAAAAUAUAUGGAUGAAACCCUAUUUAUAUUGGCAUCUCCACUUCGCAGAUAUCGAAUUAGAAAAGCAGUUGUUCACACGUUGAACUAUUUGUUGAACAAACGUUGCAGCAUUAUUUGUUCAUGUACUUAUUCAACAUUGGAACUCUAGCGUAACAGAAGUUGUUCAAACGUUUGCAAGUGAUUACCAGCAGCACUAAUAAAUAUGUGCUGCGUUGAAGCGCUUUAAAGGUUGUGGUGACCGGUGGUGGACACGGUAGCAGUGUCAUCCGACACCCCUCCGCCAUCGUCCAUCACCGUCCAAGCGUGGCAGCUGUAGAACGCCGGCCGCGUUAUAUCUGGCUUUCUCACCGCAGCCACAACCUCCACAAGCAGUCCGCUUGAAGUCCGGAAUGGCAAGCCGUCCAGUCCUGAAAGCUGCCUCCUUCUGAUGGUCCUCCAGAACCGGCCGACUCGCCUAUGGCAGUCUUCCUGCUGCCUUCCUGGUAGUCCGCUCCGUGUUGGUAGCAGGGAUGCCACAUGUACAGAUUAAUGUGUAUUUUGAAGAUUUUUGGCUGAAGUAACGAUACAGAAUCUCAGAUAUACAGAUAGAAUAUACAGAUAUACAGAAAACAA